AUGUUUAUUGCUCAUCUGUAUCACAAAUUAUCAUCACCUGAAUACCAAUCUACCAAUCCAUUACUUCUCUAUAAAGAAUUUGUUGGCGCAUAUUCUUCUACGGACCAGUUUUUCUUGAAACUGAAUUCUAUCCAGUACUACUGCAUCUCCCUUGUUCUGUUCUUCGCAUUCUAUCUUCUGUCUGUCUCUGCUACAACCUUAACUCUAGCUUCUCUUUACCUUUCCAAACCCUUGUCUUACAUUUCUAUUCUUUCCACUAUUUGUCGUAUCUUAAAACGUCUUGCAAUCACCUUUCUUCAUGGCUUACCCCUUAUUUUCCUGCACUACGUAGCUUACUUGGUUGUGCUUACUUUGUUCUGUGCAAUUCUUACUUUGGUUCAUACAAGUCCAAAAAUUAAUCUUGUCCUGGUAUCUGUCAUAGGUACCAUCUUCCUUGUCAUCUAUCUUUCAUUCUUCAUUGUUGUUCAUGGGCGUUUUAUAGCAAGGUGGAACUUCGCCAAUGUGGUUUCGGUUGUUGAACCAAACAUAUACGGUUCAGGAGCCAUAAAGAAGAGUAAACAACUCUUGCAGGAGAAAAAAGUCAAUAUAAGUUUCCUUGUAAUUUUCUACUUCUGUGUUGUUAUUGAAGUUCUUUCUAUUGGAAACGGGGUUAUGAGUCAAGAUAUGGACAUGAAAGUAAGGGUAUUCAUCUGUUCCUUGUUUGUCAUGGCACUGGCAGUGGUGAACUUCUUGGGGUUAGCUGCUCAAAACGUCAUCUAUUACCAAAAUCAAGUGAUGGACAAAGGAGUUCUCCAUGAAAGUGCUUUAGAGAUGCAAGGGUUUGUUGGUAAUGAUAAUCGUGUAGAAGGUGAUCACUUGGACGUUUAA